AUGUUCGGUUCUAGGAUAGAACAAGAAAUGAGUGGAAAAGUACCAGAAAGGAACUGCCUUAGCAAGCGAAAGGAAGACUUCUUAAGUCAUAAAAAAGUUAAACGUGUACAAAUCGAGCUCGGUACAUAUUCAGACGUACAAAAUGUAUUAGCAAAAUGUUUUCGAGUUAAACUUUGCCAAGUCGGUUACAUAAGAAAUCUAUUUUAA